UUCUAUACGCGUAUUUUUGACGUGCAACACCGAAAAAAACGCGCGGUAAGGGGAGUAAUAAAUUGAUAAGUUAUGAUGGGAAAAUAAUGAUUAGUAUAUAACUAUUCAAGUGGUUUUCAAUGACGUGCAAAUCCACCAAGGCAGUGAAUUAAUAGAGAAAAUGAGCCAGCGAAGAAAAUCCGAGUUCACUGAAGUAACUAUUCCCGUUCCCUGGGGCAAGAUUUCGGGAAAAUGGUGGGGUCCUUCGGAUAUAAGGCCCAUUUUAUUGAUUCACGGCUGGCUGGAUAAUGCUGGGACUUUUGAUACUUUCAUCCCACUCCUUCCGAAAGAUCAUUUCAGCUACUUGGCUAUUGAUCUUCCUGGGCAUGGUUUAUCAUCUCACAUUCCAGAAGGGAUGACCUACACCCACUACGACUAUGUGUGGACAAUCUAUCGCAUUCAGAACACCUAUGGAUGGUCAAAGAUGUCUAUCAUUGGUCAUUCAUUGGGUGGAAUACUGGCCUUUCUCUAUGCUGGCCUGUUUCCGGACCGAGUUGAUAUGAUUGUGACACUUGAUUCACUAAAACCCAUCACAGACUCUGAAUUCCUCAUAGAUAUGCUAAGAGGACAAAUUGCAAGACUCACAACGGAGAUAACAAAUCAUCGUUCAAUAAAAACCCAACCAGCCUACACUAAACAGGAACUAAUUGAAAGAAUGCGAGCUAGUACGUAUGAUUCCGUUUCACCGGAAGAUUGUGAAUAUCUGUUCAGGCGCGGGAUCAAGGAGAGCUCAACACAGCCAAAUAAAUUCGCCCUCAGAAGCGAUGCAAGAGUCAAAGUGAUACACCUCAUGUCGUUCUCACUAGAUAGUUGCAUAGAUUUAGUGAAGCAAAUAAAAUGUCCAUUCCUGUACAUCCGUGCAGAUGGGCAGGCCAAGGAGGCACCAGAAGAUUCAGACAGAGAAGUUCGACGAGAGGAAUUUAUGGAUAAAUUUAGAAAGACAAACAAACAUUUUCACUACGUUGUUGUUGAUGGAAAGCAUCACGUUCAUCUAUCACAACCAGAACGUGUUGCAGGAAUCGUUUCGGACUUUAUCCUUGAGUAUUGUGGACCAAGUAGCAAAAUCUAGGAUGUGUACUUAAAAGUACAAAUGUUCUCCAAAGAACAAGGCUAAUACAACUAAGAGAAUUGCUUUAAACUCUAAAUUUUGUGGUAACCGGGUACGGGUUCAGGUAUAUACUUAUUAGAUAUUCAUUCAGGUGAUUAUUUUUUUUAAUUACUGAUAAUCAGGAAAGAAGGUUUCUAUUUUCUUCUACUUUAAGGACUAUUAUAAAAUCUUUUAAAACAAAGAUUAAUAAACAAAUAUUUCUCGAA